AUGGACUUGAAUUAUCGUUUUUCGAAUCUUAUCGGCUCAGUCUAUCGAAAUGGUGAUGUGAUCUUCUCGCCGGAUGGCUCUUCUGUGAUCAGCCCAGUUGGAAACAAGGUUUCUGUCUUUGACUUGAGGAACAAUAUUUCGAGAACCCUAUCUCUUGAGUGUAUGCACAAUAUUUCUGCUGUAACGAUUAAUAAUACUGGAUCUCAUAUGGUCGUAUCCAAUGAAGGCGGUCACGUCUUGUAUAUAAAUACAAAUACGGAAACAGUAAUAUUCAAAUUCCGGGCUAAUCGAGAGGUCCGCGCUGUGAAGUUUUCUCCAGAUGGGAAUUUUAUUGCAAUAUGUCGUGGUGUGGAUCUACAAAUACAAGAGAUUGCAAAACAGUCAACUUCGAUGUUUUAUCCGUUUUUCCUGCAUAAAACCUACAAGUUGUCAUCGGAUACGUUAAACUGUGUGGAUUGGUCGAGUGAUGGCUGCCUUGUCGUCGCUGGAGGAGAUGAUAAUAUAGUACGAGUGGUUGGAUCUCGCGACUACCGUAACCUUUUUAUUCAUCCAUUGGCCGCUCACCAGGGAUCCAUUGUGGCAUGCCAGUUUAUAAAUAACAAUUAUGAUCUAAUAUCCGUCUGUAAACGGGGAAUCGCCAAUAUCUGGACAGCCUCGAUCCAACCGGGUGAUUUAGUAGAAGGAUUAUGGACAAAAUCGGAAGACAUAAAGAGUGGUGACGAUACGACCACAAGAUUACACUACAACAAGGAAAAGCGUUACUCGCUUCUCGAGUCGUCAGGCAGCGGAAGAUUUGGUGUCGAGGUGUCUGCGUGUUGUAUUCAUGUAAAGUCAAAUUUGUUAGUGACAGCGUUUUCCAACGGUGUUUUUGUGCUGCAUGAGGUUCCAUCAUUUUCACUAAUACACAAUUUGAGAAUAUCCGAUAUGCAAAUAAAUAGUGUGGCAAUUAAUGAUACUGGUGACUGGUUGGCGCUGGGGUGUGGAAAAGGAUCAGCAGCUCAGCUAGUGGUUUGGGAGUGGCAAUCAGAAACGUAUGUGUUGAAGCAACAAGCUCACUCCCAGAGAGUGCUUGCUGUACAGUAUGCGCCUGAUGGUUCAUCGCUGGCUACAGGUGCUGAGGAUGGAAAGGUGAAAAUCUGGGAUGGGAGGACGGGGUUUUGUACGGUGACAUUCGAUGAACACACGUCUGCUGUGACCGGGGUUUGUUGGACUCAAAACGGCAAAGCUAUCCUGAGCUCAUCACUAGAUGGAACUGUCAGAGCGCAUGAUCUUAAAAGGUACCGUAAUUUUCGCACCUUAGUGUGUCCAGAACCAACCCAGCUAGGAGCAAUUGCAGUGGACCAUUCCGGAGAUAUUGUAGCAGGAGCAGCCAAAGAAGUUUUUAGCAUUUUUAUCUGGAGUAUGGAGAACGGGUCUUUGUUGGAUGUACUUAAUGGACAUCAAUCAAAUAUUGCUGGAAUAAGCAUGUUUGGUAAUACAUUAGCUAGUGUUUCUUGGGACAGGACGGUGAAGAUUUGGAACGUCGUGCAGUCCACAUGUGAGACGACUGAGCUAGCUCAGGAAGGGGUGGGCGUGGCUUUCUCGCCGUGUGGUCAGCUGGUGUCUGUAUUAACAGUAGAUUCGAACGUUACCAUUUAUCAUUCCAAAGAUAUGGCUUUCAUUGGUUCGAUAGAUGCAAGACCUGACCUUGAUCCUGGGAGAGGACAGGAAGACACUAUUACUAGGCAAAAUGCUGCACAGAGCAAAUGCUUCACCUGCAUGCAGUUUUCACCGGACAGUUCGUUGUUGCUGCUGGGUGGUGACUCGAAUACCUUCUGUUUGUACUCAGUGACUGAUAGAAUACUUGUGAAAAAGUUUCUAAUCACCGAGAAUCGUAGUUUGGAUGGAGUUGUAAUGGAUGUGAAUCGACGUAAUUUCACAGAGUUUGGAAACAUGGCACUUUGUGAGACAUCGGACUCAGAAACUGAACCAAAUGGCAAAAGAGAAAUCCGACUACCAGGGUCUAAACAUAUGGACCUUGGAGAACGAAGUGCUCGCCCGCAAGUGGCGGUCUACGCAGUAGCUUUUUGCCCAACUGGUCGACGAUUUGCUCUAUGUAGUACGGAGGGUGUUGGUGUGUAUUCACUAGACACAAUAGGAGUAUUUGACCCUUUCCAGCUGGAUAGCCAAACUACACCGGACAUGAUCAAAGAAGCGUUAUCCCUUGGUGACUACUCUACGGCGCUUAUGGCUAGUUUACGUUUGAACGAUACGCCACUGAUCCAGCAAACUAUGGAGAGUACUGGGUUAGAACAAGUAGCAAUAGUAUUACGAGCUCUGCCACUGUCCUAUACAGAGAAAUUGCUGAAAUGGAUUGCAGAUGCACGAGUAGUAGCAAACUCUCCGCAUGUCCACUUUUAUAUGAUUUGGUUGCAACAGAUUUUAAAUGAGAAUGGAAUGCGCCUUAAAAGAAAAACGGAUUCUGCUAUAUUAACGGGAAUACAAGAAAUAAUUGCGCAUCAUAUGUUGCUGAUAUCCAGAAUUGCUGAUCAAAACAAAUUUGCUUUGCGGUACCUACUGACAGCUCGAAAACUGAAAACAAAGCGGAAAAUAGAAGACAUGGAGUGCUGA